AUGCCCGCAGGCGUUCUCGAGGCCUUCGGCCAUGCCCUUGCCGGUGCUACAGGAACAGCCUUCUCCACAGCGGCCGUAUACCCUCUCGAUCUCGUUACGACGCGCCUUAAAGUGCAGCGCCAGCUGAGACGAGAAGACUCCAUAUCCAAGAAGGAGCAGUACCGCGGGGUCCUCGAUGCGCUCAAGACGGUUGUGACGCAGGAAGGCGUCUCGGCGCUUUACACGGGUCUUGCACAGGAUAUCUUCAAGUCGGUCACCGACUCCUUCUUGUUCUUCCUCUUUUACGCAUACUUCAAAGACACGAGCCGUCGCGCCCGCGGAAGCAAGCUGCCGGCUAUCGAGCAGCUACUUGUCGGCGCGCUGGCGGGCGCCUGCGCGAGAGCCUGUACAACACCCAUUGCCAACGUCGUUACGAGAAAACAGACUUCGGCCAUGAUGGAAGAUCAAGACGACGAGCACACUUUAUCUAUAUGGAGAAUCAUGGCAGCGAUUCGCGCCGAGAAUGGUAUUCGAGGGCUCUGGGCUGGGUAUUCAGCGUCCCUUCUCCUGACCAUCAACCCAAGCAUAACUUUUUUCCUGAACGACAAGUUGGCCAAGACCCUCCAGCCCGAUUCCGACGAGGCUUCAUAUAACACCCAGACGACGUUUCUCUUCGCUGCCGCUAGCAAAGCCAUUGCUACCACGAUCAGCUAUCCACUACAGACCGCCAAGACCAGGUUACAAAUAAGGGGCUCCGGGGGUCCUUCGCCCCGGAGAAGCACUGAUAGCGCGGGGAGAUAUUUCGAGAAAGACCCGCAAAGUCCCGCUUCCUUCGGAUCGAAUGAAAAUAGGCGAAGCAAGCUUGAGAGAAUGGCCGAAUACAGCGUUCUCGCUCUCAUCAUCUCUAUCGCUAGAGCCGAGGGCAUUACCGCAUUGUAUGCGGGUCACCCGGGCGAAGUGCUGAAGAGCUUUUUUAGCCAUGGGCUAACCAUGGUGUCCAAGGGCAUCAUUCACAAACUGGUCCUCCGUUUCGGCAUUUUCAUAGUGAUCUUCUUGCGAAGUAGGUCGCCUGCUGCGAGGUCACAAAUGCAGCGUCUUCGGCAGAUGGUCCUCAGGCUGCUUUGA